ACGUCCUCGUCAAUGUCACACCUGCUGAGCUCGCGAAUCCAGCCAUUGACUGGCUCACCUACCCCAACUCGAUCACCACGCUCACCGAUCUCGGUUUGAGCCGACGGAUCACGACGCUGGACGAGAAGCUCGAGACACGGUGCGGAUCAGACGACUACGCGGCCCCCGAGGUCAUCAUGGGCCAGCCGUACGAUGGGCGCGCAACAGACGCCUGGACGCUGGGCGUACUGCUCUACGCCUUGCUGGAAGCACGACUGCCAUUCGACCCGCACCCGGGAAUGAGCGACACGCACAGGAUGCGGAGUCGAACCAGCCAUCGCAUUGCGAGGGUGGAAUGGCGUUGGGUCACGUACGCAGACGACGAGGGCGACGGCGACCCGCAGAAGUUUAUGGACGUUGGGCUCGAGGGCGCCAUGGAGGUUACCGAGGGCCUGCUCAAGCGUGCGCGCAGUCGCUGGACACUGGACAAGGUCGCCGGGCGGGAGUGGGUGAGUGGGGGGAUACGUGUGGAAGGGGGCCUCAAGUUCUGGGAGGAAGAGGAGGGACAAGAGGUGCCGUGA